AUGGAUUUUCAUUCUAUUAUGGGUCGAGUAUCGACUAUUAUGACAGGCAAACGAAAUGAUGAUGUUAUAGCAGAUAGACUUAACUAUCGAUAUUCUGUUGCAAUUUUAGUUGGCUUUGCAAUUCUUAAUAUGAAUCGUCUUUAUACGGAUCAAAUCAAAUGUUGGGUACCCGCAUUUUUUACACCAAAUUAUGAUGAAUAUGUUCGAUCUGUAUGUUUUGUACAAAAUACUUAUUAUGUUCAUCAUACAGAAAAAACACCUAGAUCAUAUGAUAUUAAAAAACAAAAUGAAUUAUUAUAUUAUCAAUGGAUUCCAUUUGUUUUAUUAGUUAAAGCAUUUAUAUUUUAUAUUCCACGUUUAUCAUGGAAUACAUUUGGAUUAAAAAGUGGUAUACAAAUAGGUGAUUUGAUUGAAUCAUCAUUUGAUUAUAAACAACCAACAACAGAUUCUUCACAUCGUCAAAUGUGUCUUGAUUUUGUUGUUGAUAGUAUUGAUCAAUAUUGUCUUGAUCGUCGACAUAAAAAUGAUGAACGUAGUCAUAUAAAUAUAUUUCAACGAAGUUUUAUGACAAUUUGUUGUUUAACAGGAAAAUAUCUUGGCAAUUAUUUUGUUAUUUUAUAUAUGACAACAAAACUAAUGUAUAUAGGUGUAUCAAUCUUUCAAAUAUAUCUUCUAAGUAUAAUGUUAGGUUCAAAUUUUGCAUUCUAUGGUAUACAAGUCGUUGAUCGUUUUUUUCGAGGUAUUCAUUGGGAUACAGAAUCACGUUUAUUUCCAAAAACAACAUUAUGUGAUUUUACAAUACGUGAAUUUGGACAUCCAAAAUUAUCUCAUGAAUAUACAGUUCCAUGUGUUUUACCAUUAAAUUUAUUUAAUCAACAAAUGUUUACAUUUCUUUAUUUUUGGUAUGUUCUUGUUAUUUCACUUAAUAUUUGUGAUUUUUUCCUAUGGUUACAAGCAUUUACAUUACGAAAUCGUAUUGAUUUUAUUCGUAAACGUCUUCAUUCAAAAAAAUAUCCACUUAUAAAUGAUAUUAAUAAUGAAAUGAAAUUUCAAACAUUUACAAUUGAUUAUCUUGAAUCUGAUGGAUUUUUUAUUUUAUCAUUAAUUAAAGAAAAUAGUUCAGAUUAUGUUAUGACAGAAGUUAUUCAUCGUUUAUAUAUAGAAAGAUUUCUUCCAAAAUAUCUUCGUGAAAGAAAAACAUCAACUAUUUAUGAUGAUAUUGAUAUUCAACGUAAACGAUCUCAUCUUUGUUCAUUAAUUUGUUAA